AUGGCCAACGCAGCAAAAGACCUCUCCAAACAAGAAGAAUUCGCUUCCUCCGAAGGCGGCGUACAAGAAGCCCCCGCAUCCGCCCAACGCGGCAGCACCGGCGACUCGUCGAAAAUGGAAAACGAGCUCGAGCUCGACAAAGCCAACAAAGGCUCCCUCAACUCGAGUGAUGACGUUGCCGGCAGGAAGGACAAGGGCACAGGGACGAAGGUUCUGGAGAAGAUGACGGGCAGGGCGCACGAGAAGGAGGGAGAGAAGGGGGAGGCGCAAGAGAAGGGAAGUGGGAAGUUUUUGUAG